CGGGAGCGCGCCCCGGAGGCCCGCCCUGUCUUCGUCCCGCGGGGCCGCUGCCGACGCGGCGGCCAGCACUUGCCCGCCCAUGCAAGCGAGCAGUCACCACUUAGAGGACUCAGCAGAUGAAUAAGGAAUUCAUCUUAUUACCAGUGGCAUUCAAACAUUUGUGAAAUUUAAGAAUUGUAACUGCAGUUCUGAUUCGUGGAUCUUCAAAGAAAGUAGAGAAGAUUUCAAGAUUUACAAAGGUGCAGGUUUGUGCAGAUUUGAAGACGUAUCUUAUGAACUUGUAAAACAGACGUGUUUGAGAUGUGGUGGUUUCAGCAAGGUCUCAGUUUCCUUCCUUCUGCCCUAGUAAUUUGGACAGCUGCUGCUUUCAUAUUUUCGUACAUUAUUGCUAUAACACUCCACCAUGUUGACCCUGCUUUGCCUUAUAUCAGUGACACCGGUACACUGCCUCCAGAAAAAUGCUUGUUUGGGGCAAUGUUAAAUAUCGCUGCAGUUUUAUGCAUUGCUACAAUUUAUGUUCGUUAUAAGCAAGUUCAUGCUCUGAAUCCUGAAGAGAAUCGUAUCAUCAGAAUAAACAAGGCUGGCCUUGUACUUGGAUUACUGAGUUGUUUUGGACUUUCUAUCGUGGCAAACUUCCAGAAAACAGACUUUUUUCCUGUACACAUAUGUGGAGCUGUGCUCACCUUUGGUAUGGGCUCGUUAUAUAUGUUGGUUCAGACCAUCCUUUCCUACCAAAUGCAGCCCAAAAUUCAUGGCAAACAAGUCUUCUGGAUUAGACUAUUGCUGGUUAUCUGGUGUGGAGUAAGUGCAUUUAGCAUGCUGACUUCCUCAUCAUUGUUGCACAGUGGCAAUUAUGGCAAAGAUGUAGACCAGAAACUCCAUUGGGACCCCGAGGACAAAGGUUAUGUGCUUCACAUGAUCACCACUGCAGCAGAAUGGUCUUUGUCAUUCUCCUUCUUUGGUUUUUUCUUGACUUACAUCCGUGAUUUUCAGAAAAUUUCUUUACAAGUGGAAGCCAAUUUACAUGGAUUAACCCUCUAUGACACUGCUCCUUGCCCUGUUAACAAUGAACGAACACGGCUACUUUCCAGAGAUUUAUGAUGAAGGGAUAAAACAUUUCUGUGAUGAUUAUGAUUCUCAGGGAUUGGGGAAAAUGUUCAUGAAAGUUACUUACUCUGCUCUGAAAUUUUCAACCAGUUAAUCAAGGCUGACAGUGACUUUGAUGAACACUGAUAAACAAGAGACAUAAAGCCGUUUGAUAAGUUAUUUUAAAGGAUAUCAUCAAGAAGAGCAUGGGAAAACAUUUAUGCCUAUACUUUUUUUUAAUCCCAGAAAAUAAAACCAAAGGACUACAACAUUGUAGAUUUUUUUCCUACUUAUGAGAAACAACCAGAAGUGUACCAAGCAGUCUACAAAAUCCAGCCUUUCAUAUUUUCUAAAUCAUCAUAAAGCGUGUUUUGUUUGGAGCACUUUUAUAAGAGACAUUUUCCAGGACCCUGGAUACUCAGCAUUGCUCAGCAGCUCCUUCAGAAUUGGGUUUUGAAGUAAUAGUUUUACCAUAUCACUGCAUUUCUUACAGUCUUUAUAAAAUUUUUUUCUUCUGGAAUCCACUUAUUAAGGGGAGCAGACCUGAAUUCAUGUAAGCACUUUCAUUGCUUAGGCUUUGCACAAGUGAUUCUGUAGGUGUUGAUUUAAUUCCUGCCAUAAGGCCAAAUACUAUGCCAACUAGUCCGUCACACAUCCUUGCAAGAGGUUCAUGAAGCUUAGUCUCUGAAAUGGGAUUUUAAUCACUUAAUGCAUGAGAGAAGUAGCUAUAGGUAAGUUUACUUCAGUUGUGAUCUACACAAAACAAGGGCUAGUGUUCAUACAUAAGGCUGAAACGUUGUGAGUAAUAGCAGAUAUGAUUAAUAGAAGUUACCACAAACUGCUGUCAAGAGCUUCUUAGAUUUUCAUUUAUAUAGAAAUUAUAAUUAUUUGUAAAAGUAGUCUUGAAUGAGCAAAUACUAACCCUUUUAAACAAGGUGUGAUCUUUGUAGGAAGGACAAAAUCAAUCCACAGGGGGGAGAGGGGGAGAAAACUAGGUACAAAAUAGUUGUGAUACUUGUAUCCACAAAAACAACUUUCUCUCUCUCUCUGUCAUGCAAGUGAUUGGAUAGCUUCUACUUGGAUCCAUAUCUGUGCAGAUAAAGAAUGGUUUACAGAUCCCAGAGAAAAUUCAAAAGAAGAAAAUGAUCAUCCAGAAGGUUCCCAGUGACUGGUUCUCAAAAGAAUCUUUGAAGAAGAUUCACAGGGUUUAUCAUUUUAGAAGAAAUGAUUCCAUGGCCAAAAUAAAAGAUGGUGACAAGUUUAACGUAUAAGAGGGAGCACUUUAAAAGAAAAUGGUUAUCUGGUGGAAUUAGAAAUCUCAAUUAGGAAUAAGUUUCUAGAUAUAAGACUGUGUAAAUAAUACUGCUGAAGACUUCUGAGCUAAUAAGACAGAAAGUGGAAUAAAAUACUAUUUACAGAGGUCACACAGUAGUGACCAUGGGAGAUACUUCAAUAAAUAUCGAUGCAUUGAAAUUUGACAUCACUAAAAAAUAUUUGGAUACAAACCAUGAAAAAUUUCUUUCAUGCCUCUGAAAAUCAUAGUGCAACCACACCUGAGAAACACUGGUGGGUCCUGACUCCUGUACAUCAAGGAAGCUGAAAUUCAAGUUGUGAAGGACCACAUAUGGUGAGAGGGGGAUUGAUAGAAUCAAAGUUUAUAAAUUACAUGUGGUGAGGAUGACACAGGAAGAACUUGGACUUACAGGUCUGUACUGAAUAUUAGGUUUAGAAAUAUGCACUAACACAUUAAAUUCUUAUAAAACAAAAAGUUACUUCAAUAGUAUUUUAAUCCCAUUAUGUAACUUUUACUCUUAAACAUAACAGAGGGUGAAAAUGUUAAUUCAAAAAGGGAUUAUAAAUAGAUUUUUGAAUGUGUGUUUAUCCCUCACUUGCACUGAAGUAAUGGAAGAGAACCACACCCUUCCUUAAAAUAUGACUUGCCUCCAAUGUCAGUACAGAAGCUUGUAUAAACAGAUAAGGCAUUCCUCCUCAAUUCAAUCAACGUUCCUGUAUUGAAUAUUUAGCUUUAAGGAUAGAAGGUUUUUAAGCUGACAAAAUUAACAGAUUCUAUGAACUGAGUGUAUUUCUUUUUUGUUCUGGAUACACAGCAAAACUGCAUUUCCCAGCCUCCCUUUCAAUUAAGAAUUGCAUGAGACUGAAUAUUAGCCACUGAAAUGUAAGUGAAAUGGAUGUGUUUGUUGUUUUCAUAUUAAGAUUCUGAAAAAGGGGAAUGCCCGUCCCCUUUUUUUUCCUCUUUCCAUUCAAUGGAUAUUAUUGAUGAUAAGAUUUUAGGAGAUGGCAGAAUCAUGUGGUAAAAGGAACCUGAACUAGUCCACUUCUAAUUUUAGAUUUUAGAAAAUCAAACAAGAUCUAUAAUUUAGGAGCUCCAUUUUUAUCCAUCCCAGUUACUGAGAUUAUAUUUUGCUGGAAUAGUGUCAUAUGUUGUAAGUGCUCAGUGGAUUUAUGAAAGAGAAAGAACUUCUCUUAUCUCUUCUGCCUUGUCCUGUAUAGACUCACUGUGAAAUGAAGUUCAGUAAACAUUGGCUUAUCUUUAUAAAUCCGUGAUUUAUGUCUUGCUUCUUUUCAAUCAGCCAGAUUGCUAGUUUUAGAAAGAAUGUACUCACUUACUAGGAAGAUAAGAACAUAGAACAGAACUAAAACAGGAAAGAUCUUUCUGAGGCGUUGUGACUGUAAGCAACUGUAUCCUCCAAAAGGCAUGGUAAUUUGAGAGAGAGUUCACCUCAGGAAGCCUCAGUGGAAUACAAAGAGAAAACCUCAAAUUCUAACUUAUGCCUUUGGAAUGUAGUGCAAAGAGAAACUCCACAUGUUUGGAAAGCUGGCGAUUUAGCUGAAAAACCAAAGGUUCUACUAAGUUCUCACCAAUUCUCAGAUCCUGCUGAAAGGAAAUCUUCAUUUAAAAUAUUUGAAGCAAGUGGUAAAACUAAACUAAAUCAGCACAGCUCAUCUCCACAUCAACCACAGAUUAGAUUGAUGCAGCUUCCCAGUCUAAGAGCCUGACAAGGAAUAGGCACACCCUUUUGUGGAGGUAAUUAUUAUUUAUUUUCAUACCUACUGUUCUUUUAUAGAAAAUAUCCAGCAUGCAGCAAGAAAUUAUAAGACCUUCAAGGAGCAGAGACAUUUGAUUUGAUUCAGAGAGAAGUCAAUAGAAGUGAACUCAGAGAUUGCCCAGAUAUUGUAGUUAUCAGAAGUAUAUUAACUAUGAUAAAUUGCUGAAGG